GGCUGAUGUUCCUUCAGGUACGGAGGAAACUCUAGACCAGACACCUGAAAAGAAUUCAGAGCCCAACCAAUGCCAUGAGCAGCGAAGACUUCGUGGAGCUGAAGAGUAGGACGGCCGCCAGAGCGGAGGGCUACAGCAACACUGGCUUCCAGAAUGAAGAUGACUUCGAUGAAAAACAGAACACAUCAGGAAACAACAACUCACUAAGGUGUAGAGCUGUGCAAAACACCCAGCAGGACGAAGAGCAGGUCACCAUUGAGCAGGAUUCUUUAAGAAACAAAGAAGAUGUGGAGGAUGAUCCAGAGGCACAUCAAAAAGGGUAUCUGGAAAGGAAGUAUGAUACAGUUUGUGAUUUUUAUAAGAAACACAAAACCACCCUUCAGUACAUCCUCUGGGGCAUCUUAAUAGUAGGUUACCUGGCAAUGGUGAUUGCAGCUUGUGCGCUGAACUUUCAUAGAGCCCUUCCCCUUUUCGUGAUCACCGUGGCUGUCAUCUUCUUUGUUGUCUGGGAUUACUUUAUGACCAAAUAUGAGCAUCGAAUCAAUGAGUGCCUAUCUCCUGGCAAAAGGCUCCUAAACAGCCAUUGGUUCUGGAUGAAGUGGGUGAUUUGGAGCUUACUGAUUCUGGGUGUUAUAUUCUGGCUCAUCUUGGACACCGCCAAACUGGGCCAACAGCAGCUGGUGUCCUUUGGUGGGCUCAUAAUGUACAUUAUCCUGGUAUUUAUAUUUUCCAAGCACCCAACCAAAGUUUACUGGAGGCCUGUCUUUUGGGGAAUUGGGUUACAGUUUCUUCUUGGGCUCUUAAUCCUAAGAACUGAACCUGGAUUUAUGGCUUUCGAUUGGUUGGGUAAACAAGUUCAAACCUUCUUGGAGUAUACUAACGCUGGGGCUGAAUUUGUCUUUGGUGAGACAUAUGCAGACCACUUCUUUGCAUUUAAGGUCCUGCCAAUCGUGGUUUUCUUCAGCACGGUCAUGUCCAUGCUCUACUACCUCGGGUUGAUGCAGUGGAUCAUUAGAAAGGUUGGAUGGGUAAUGCUAGUUACUAUGGGAUCAUCUCCUAUUGAAUCUGUAGUUGCUGCUGGCAAUAUAUUUGUUGGACAGACGGAGUCUCCACUGCUGGUCCGACCCUACUUACCACACAUCACCAAGUCUGAACUCCAUGCAAUCAUGACCGCUGGGUUCUCUACCAUUGCUGGAAGUGUGUUAGGUGCAUACAUUUCUUUCGGGGUUUCAGCCUCCCACUUGUUAACUGCCUCAGUCAUGUCCGCACCUGCAUCAUUGGCUGUGGCUAAACUCUUUUGGCCUGAGACAGAAACACCUAAAAUAACACUCCAGAAUGCCAUGAAAAUGGAAAGUGGUGAUUCAAGGAACCUCCUAGAAGCUGCAACGCAGGGAGCAUCCUCAUCCAUCUCCCUAGUGGCAAACAUAGCUGUGAACUUGAUUGCCUUCCUCGCCCUGUUGUCUUUUUUGAAUGCAGCCCUGUCCUGGUUUGGAAACAUGUUUGACUACCCACAACUGAGUUUUGAGAUAAUAUGCUCCUACAUCUUCAUGCCCUUUUCCUUCAUGAUGGGAGUGGACUGGCAAGACAGCUUUAUGGUUGCCAAGCUCAUAGGCUAUAAGACAUUUUUCAAUGAAUUUGUGGCUUAUGAACACCUCUCAAAAUUGAUCAACUUAAGAAAAGAGGAUGGACCCAAAUUUGUGAAUGGUGUGCAGCAAUAUAUGUCGAUUCGUUCUGAGACAAUUGCCACUUAUGCUCUCUGUGGCUUUGCUAAUUUCGGUUCCCUAGGAAUAGUGAUCGGCGGACUCACAUCCAUGGCUCCUUCCAGAAAGCAUGAUAUCGCCUCAGGGGCAGUGAGAGCUCUGAUCGCUGGGACCGUUGCCUGCUUCAUGACAGCCUGCAUUGCAGGGAUGCUCUCCAGCACCCCAGCAGACAUCAACUGCCAUCUCAUUUUGGAGAAUGCCUUCAAUUCCAGUUCGCCUGCAAACACCACUGAGGUGGUAUCUUGUUGUCAAAGUCUAUUGAACAGCACUAUUGUCAAUGGUCCUGGUGACGUCAUCCCAGGAGGAAACCACACCUUGACUUCUUUAAGGGGCUGCUGCAUAUUGCUGACUCCACCAACACUGAACUGCAGUUGGAUCCCUAAUGCAUUUUGAGUUCAGCUACUUCUCCAACAGAACUCUAGGUACAGUUGCUGAAUUUUCUACUUUGGGGAGGAAAAGAAAAACUGUUCUUCACAGAUGGAAAUUCCCAUCAUGGAAUCAGCUUUCAUUGGAAAGAAGAAAAACAGGAAUGAACACUGCAGAUCUCCAGCAUCAUCCCCCUCUCCAGCCCUCCCUUCCUCAAACCCUUCCCCACUGACAACCACUAUGAUAUCUCAAGAUGUGUCUCCAGUCCCAGAGAUGUUUUCUGACCCUAGAAUUUUAUGAUAGUUUGACCAGAAUACAGAUAUAAAUGGUUGCUCAUGACAACGGGACUAUGGCUCAGCCACACCCAGAGUGGCUCACUUCUCAAACAUCUCAGGGGAGGUCACUGCAUUCACCUGGACCUUGAAUCUCACAUGGAGAAUCGUUUAUCACCCAGUCAUUGCCUGCCCUGGGGAGGUCCUACAGAAAUCAAGAGUGCACCAGGAUUACAUUUAGACCAUUCUAAAACCAGGUUUCAAAUCCCAUGUGCUUAGACCAGUCAGCUUACCCCCAAACUAUGGUGUAAUAACAAAUAAGCCAAAAACCGUGGUGACUUACAAGUUUAUUUUUCCCCUCACACCAUAUGCUUAUGGAGGGUCGAUUUGGGCUGUAUUUCAUGUUGUCUUCACUUCCAGAACCCAGGCUAAAGGAGCAGCCACUAUGUGGGGUAUACUGGGACGGGGGGAAAGGUGGCCCUUAAAUUUUCUGCUAGGGAGAACCCUUCACUUCUACUACCUUCCAUUACCUGAAGUUAAUCAUAUGACAAGCACAAUGUCAUGGUUAUGGAUGAAUUAUCCUGUCCUCAGGAGGGAUAGUGAGUACUUUGAAGAAACAACAUGAUAUACUAUGUGGAUGCAUGAUUUCUAUGUUUCCCUUCAAUGUGUCAACAUGUUAUAGAGUGUAACUGAAAGCCUACUCAUGCAUAAAUGUGGUUAUGUUACUGGUGACAACACAGGAAAAUGGCACUACUUUUCAUUCAAAAGGCCACUUAAGGACCAUUUGAGAAGAGGAAUAAUUCCUGGUUAUUGAAACCCUUCCACCAAUACUU